CAGAAAUUAUAAUCUGAAGGGAAACUGAACUGACCAAGGUAUCUUUAAAAGCGAGGUAAUACAAUAAAUAAAAAGGUAGUAUGCAAAACUGAUAUUUAUUUGUAUUCUGAUCUGUGCAUUAACAUGUUGUUUAAUGAGUCUAAAUUAUGAUAAAUUUGAACAGUUAAUGAUAGGGUGAAUCCUGCUCUUUAAUUGUUCUGGGAACAACAACUAAAAUGACUUUCUAAAACAUAUUUUUCCAAAGGGAGAGGAAGAGGGAAUCCUGGACCCCAUCCUGGUGCCUGAGAAUGUGAGAUCGUUAAGCAACUGGAAGGAUCAGUGCACAGCACAUGGAUCAGAAACAUUCAUAGAAGCAGCAAGUAUUGUAUAUUGCCUCAACCUUUGCUGAACUUUCCCAGUAAAUACAGCAUGCUGACAGCCUGGCAUCCCUGCUGGGUGGAUCCUACAGCUCCAGGAGGGAAUGGCACUUCUUGUUUUUAAUUAGCAAAGGUGAAAGGUGAAUUAAAACUAGCUGUUUGGCAAGUCAGAGCAAGGGACUGUGUUCUGAAGAGCACCAAGGAGGAGGUGUUUUUUUUUUUUUUUUUCCCCUCCUGAAUGAAUUGCCGAGCAGGAGGGACUGAAAAUACAGCUUCUUCCUGAAUCCACUGGCAGAGUUACUGAAGAGAGCUCAAGACACAACAGUGCAGAGUAACUCCUUGGAAUGUCCUCUCAGUUUAUAAACAGUUGUUGCAGGGAGAGAAUAUUUUUACAUGACGUUUGCACAGCCUGACAAUGUGGGGCUGUGUGCUGUUCUGAUGAGAACUGAAUUUCCCAUAGAGAUCCCCACAAACUGAACAGGAAAAGAUUUAGCUGCAUUGGAAAAGUCAAGAGUGGAACUUGAAGCUUUUAAAAACAGAACAACUAAGUGAAGAAGCACAAGAAUUUGAUCUUGGGCAGCAUGUCAUCUACUAAGGACCUUUUAAUCCUGGCACUAUAUGGCUUGUUACUAGAGUUACCGACCGGAUGUCAUACAACAGAUACAAGGCUGCCAAGGUUACGUCUGUCACAUAAAGAGCUCUGGGAUUUAAACAGGACAUCAGUCUUUCAUAGCCCAUCUGGAUACCUUGGUCUUCACACAAUGCUGCUGGAUGAAUAUCAAGAGCGACUGUUUGUGGGAGGAAGGGAUCUUGUGUAUUCUCUCAGCUUGGACCGAGUCAGCGAGAACUACAGAGAGAUACAUUGGCCCAGUACACCCCAGCAGGCAGAAGAAUGCACAAUUAAAGGAAGAGAUGCUGACGAAUGUGCAAACUACAUCCGUGUCCUUCACCGGUACAACAGAACACACCUCCUGGCCUGUGGUACAGGGGCUUUUGAUCCCCUCUGCACUUUUAUCAGAGUCGGACAUCCAUCAGAGGAUCACCUAUUUCAACUGGACUGGCACAAAUUUGAGAGAGGACGAGGCAGGUGCCCUUUUGAUCCCAGCUCCUCCUUCAUCUCAACUUUAAUUGGGGGUGAGCUAUUUGCUGGGCUCUACAAUGACUACUGGGGGAGAGAUGCUGCUGUCUUGCGUACUAUGGGUCGUAUACCACAUAUUCGAACUGAACCUGACGAUGAGCGUUUAUUGAAAGAACCAAAGUUUGUUGGCUCAUACAUGAUUCCUGACAAUGAAGACCGGGAUGAUAACAAAGUCUAUUUCUUCUUUACUGAAAAAGCGUUAGAGGCAGAGACAGGCGCUCAUGCCAUUUAUGCCAGAGUUGGACGAGUGUGUGCGAAUGAUAUGGGAGGACAGCGAAUGUUGGUGAAUAAAUGGAGCACUUUCCUCAAAACCAGACUGAUCUGCUCUGUGCCAGGAAUGAAUGGAAUCGAUACAUAUUUUGAUGAAUUAGAGGAUGUGUUUUUGCUACAAACUCGGGAUAACAAAAAUCCAGUGAUAUUUGGACUCUUUAACACGACAAGCAAUAUUUUUAGAGGAUAUGCUAUAUGUGUCUAUCAUAUAGCUAGCAUCCGAGCAGCCUUCAAUGGACCGUACGCUCAUAAAGAAGGACCUGAAUACCAUUGGUCUCUGUAUGAAGGAAAAGUACCUUACCCCAGGCCUGGCUCGUGUGCCAGCAAAGUCAAUGGCGGUCUGUAUGGUACCACCAAAGACUAUCCUGACGAAGCUGUCCGUUUUGCAAGGAGCCACCCACUGAUGUAUCAGCCCAUCAAACCUGUUCAUAAAAGGCCAAUACUUGUGAAAACCGAUGGCAAGUACAACCUAAAACAAAUAUCGGUGGAUAGAGUGGAAGCUGAAGAUGGGCAAUACGAUGUCUUGUUUAUUGGCACAGAUAAUGGGAUUGUGUUGAAAGUCAUUACAAUUUACAACCAGGACACAGAAUCAAUGGAAGAAGUGAUUCUUGAAGAAAUGCAAGUAUUCAAGGUGCCAGUUCCUAUUAUUUCUAUGGAAAUAUCUUCAAAGAGGCAACAACUGUACGUUGGAUCUGAGUCUGCCGUAGCACAAGUGAAGUUCCAUCAGUGUGACAUGUAUGGCACAGCCUGCACUGACUGCUGCCUAGCAAGAGAUCCUUACUGUGCUUGGGAUGGGAUAUCCUGUUCUAGAUACUAUCCCACAGGAAUGCAGGCAAAGAGACGUUUCCGCAGACAAGACGUUCGACAUGGAAAUGCAGCUCAGCAGUGCUUUGGCCAGCAGUUCAUUGGAGAAGCCCUGGAGAAGACUGAAGAACAGAUAGUAUAUGGAAUAGAGUACAACAGCACUCUUCUGGAAUGUACCCCUAGAACUUUACAAGCGAAAGUGAUCUGGUUUGUGCAGCGAGCCCACGAAGCCAGGAAGGAGGAGGUGAAGACAGAUGACAGAAUUGUCAAAAUGGACCUUGGCCUCUUAUUCUUAAGGCUGCACAGGCUGGAUGCCGGGACCUAUUUUUGUCAGACUGUGGAACACAGCAUUGUUCAUACAGUCAGAAAAAUCACGCUGGAGGUAGUGGAGGAAGAGCGUGUAGAUGAAAUGUUCAACAAAGACUAUGAGGAGGACAUACCUCACAAAAUGCCAUGCCCAGUGCAGAGUAGCAUUCCUCAGGGAUCGAAGCCGUGGUACAAGGAAUUUCUGCAGCUAAUAGGGUACAGCAACUUCCAGAGGGUCGAGGAGUAUUGCGAAAAGGUGUGGUGCACGGAUAAGAGGAGGAAAAAGCUGAAAAUGUCCCCGUCCAAGUGGAAGUACGCCAACCCACAAGAGAAGAAGGCACGCAUUAGGCCGGAGCAUUACCGCCACCCCAGGAAUGUAGUUGGCUCUUGAUGGACAAAAUGGAUCCAUUAUUUUUGGGAGAAUUUUUAUUUGGACCUAAGGAAUAGGGAGAAAUCAGUCUUGGGUUUGGUAACUGACACAGGUUUUAUAUAUAUAUAUAUGUGUAUAUAUAUAUAUAAAAUAAUGGGACUGAAAACAGAAAAGUGUUCUGUUAAGUUAUAGCUUAUACUCAUGAUAACUGUCUAGAGGUAAUUUAAAAAAAAUCUGCUUAAUUAGCUGUUUCUAAAUAGGUCAUUGCAUUCAGAGUUUUCCAUUUAAGGAGAACAUGACAAUCAUUGUGCAUUAGUCAAUUUCCCAUGUGGAGCAUGCUUCUGCUGUAUAUUCUUGCAUAUUAAGGAAAUAUUAAAGUAAACUCAUAUAGUUAAGCAUUGACAAGCAGAAGAAAAAUGUGAUGUAUAAUUUCCGUUGGUUUCACAAAUGUCCUAUUGCUUCUAAAAGCAGCACAUUGCAAGAUCUUAGCUUUCACUUGUGGCCUGUUUGCUUGUAUUCGUAAGAGCCACAAGUUUUGUUAGUGUGGUGUACUCUUAUUUCUAAAGAUGUUGAAGAGGAAUCUUAUUUACUUCCCAUCAUUGCUUGUCUUUACCAGUAAUUUAUGAAGCACAGUGUACUACUAUCACAACUAAAUAGUGCUGCCUUGUAACUUGAUGUAAGUCAAAUGCAUGCGGAGAACAAAAACAGAAUGAAGUUCUUCAGUAUAACUUGCUGUAAGACCUUGGAGUAAUAGGUUAGUGAGAGUGUAAAUCAUGGUUAUAGUAAUGGACCGUUGGCUCAGUAGAUAUAAGAUUUAUAAGAAUGCCCUCUUGUGGCAAAAGAGAACAUUUCCUUACAUUGGUGUUACAUUUUCUCCAGAAAUUUAUAUACUUGAGUGUUAUCUACAGUCUCCUGAUUUGCAGCCUAGCUGUUAGUGCCACAGUCUUUCUACUGCAUGUGCUGAAAUCUCAACUAUUUCAAACACAGGGUUAGAAAUUACUUGUACUGGGGAAUAGAGCUUAAAGAAAUAAGCAACAUAUUAAGGUAUUCAAUGUAAUAUGCUUUUGGUGCAGCAAAUACUGGUGAAAGAGGCAGAUCGUGAAAACAACUUUAUUUGUAUAGUCGCAUGGUCUGAUUUACCUGAUACGGAAUCUCUUCUUAGCACAGCUAUUUUGCUGAACUUGUGAAUUCUAGGGAUGUGGGAUCAAAAGAAUAAGAAAUCACUUACCACCUAGAAUUUUCAGAGUAUCACUGAAAAAAAAUACAAAGCUUUCAUUUUAUUUUUGAUUUUCAUAUUUUUCUUAAAAGUGUAGCACAUUUUAGCACGAAGAGUUACAGGAGAACUCGGAUGUGAACAUGUGAAUUAGAACUAAAAAAAAAUUGGAAAUAAAAAGCGCUACCGUUGUGAUAUAAAAAUAUGAAUCACAAAUAGCACAGUUGGAAAACUCUAGCUGAAUGUGAGUUCCGCAGGAUCCUUUCCCGUCGGCUGAGAUGGGUUCUAGUGUGUGAAUGAUUACAUCCCAAUUGUGUGGCGCCACUAGAUAAAUCAACUGCUUCAGUCAGUACAUGACCCCAACCAUAAUGAAUAGCCCCAAGUCUAUAAAAUUGGGCUGUCUCACAAUUUUGAGGUAACCAAACAUAUAUUUCAGGGAUGUUCCAGUUAACAGGUUCAUAUACAACUCUCAUUCCACCUUCAACUUUUAAUCAAGAAACGGUGUCUGGGAUUAACGUUCUGGGGCACACAGAUUUGUUAUUAACCUAGCAGUCCUGUUAUGAACCUAACACUGGAGUGGAGGUCAUUGCUGUGCACUCCAGUGUCUCUAAGACACACUGUAUGUGGAACAAACAAAACAGUGUGUCUGAGAGAAGGCAGUUGCUGGGAUCAGAGUCUAAAGCUAGCAUUGGAGUGAGCUCAACUUGGAUCUUAUCUCUUCAAAAGCAUCAUUUGCUCGGAGCAGAGAGUGUCUUGGUACUAAGAGGGAUGCUGUUUGCAACUUGCCAGUCAACAGAAGCAAAAGGAGAAGCAGGAUUUCAUAUUGUAUCAAUCACACAGAUAGAUAAACCUCUCUAGCUUCUAGUUAUUUUAAGUAGGCUGUAGUUUAUCUAAGAGUUUGCAUGGCACAUAGCUAGAGGGGCUGGCUCAGUGAUCCAGUGGCAAAGGCAAUGAGGAGAUCAGAGCUUUCUGCUCCCUUGACCAGGAGAAGCAGAGAACGUUAUGGAAAGAGCAUGUACAGCUGCUUUGGGAGAGCGAACAUCUUGUAGCCACACCCUUUUGCUGAUGCUGUGUAUGGUGUGAACACCCAGUGCAGGAAGCACCAGAUGAAUUCCUUCAGCAAUGCCAGUUUGGGGCUGAAGAGGCUUUACUCCAAUUAGGAUCAUAUAUAUUGCUACAGGUUUAGCAAUGAAGUCUACAAAGUAGGGGAGGAGAACAUAUAUACCCAUAGGCAUCCCUACCUAUUACUUACCUCCUCUUAAUUAGCUCAGCAAAAUCUGACUGGCAUACACAUACCAUCUGACUCCCCCUCGUGGUAAAUUAUUACAACCCCACUGAAGUUCUCCAGCGGCAGGCAGGUAGUAGGUUGCUCGACAUUUAAGAGUAGCGAGUAAAGAAAUGAAAAAUACUAAUAGGAGAGAUCCCCUAGGCUAGAAGGAAAUAUAAAUUCCCUCCCCCCCACCCCAGGUAUUACUGGACAUAAAGGCAUUCAGGUCUUCCAAGUGAAAAAUAAUCUCAAGCAAUUCAUAGAUUGGGGGUUGGGGAAGAUGCAUGAUGUCUGUCACGGCAGAGAUACAUUUGUGUUAUAGGAAUAUAAUGGGGGUUCUUUAUUCAGGCCACUGGACUUGAACAGCCUUUGGAGUUAUCCCAAGCUCUCUAGCUCUCAGAAGAACUAAACACAGCCUGUCCAGUGACGCCACAUCUCCCCAAGUCUUGGUCUAAACUGAAUCAUCAUAGAACAUGUUUGCUCCACUACUGGGGUAUCCAUAGAAUCUACAGCCCUUUAAGGGUGAUGCUGGCAUUUUCAUUAAUUUGUUGUCAACCAUUUCAGUGCUAAAGGCUUAUGCCAGAUGCAGUACCUCAUAGUGACAGAAAUAACAAAUUCUCUGUCACUCUGAGGAAACUAACUCAAUUAUGUGUAUAUGUAAUUCUCUGAGAUUAUAGAUGGAAAUCAGGUGAUCCACAAACCAGAAUUUGUGUUUCAACACAAUAUAUUUUUGAUAGUUUCCUUUCCCAACGUUUGUUAAAUGUUGAGAAUCAUCUUAAAUUCUUAGCUUGUUCAGGGCCAGUUUGAGGAUCUUUCAACCUUCAUCAUUAGUAGUGACUGUAACAACUCCUAAAACUUGGUUAAACACAAGAUCACCUUUAAAAUUAUUAUGACGACUGCAGAAGAAGAGCAAGUGUGACAAUAGUGCAUUUGAGUCAGAUAUGCAUUUUUCUGCACAGAGGUGCUUUUAUAGUAGGCAAUGUUAUUUAAAAUGCUUCUUUGUGUAUAUACGGGGUGGCAUUGUGUGUAUCUUUUCAUUAUGGAUUUGAUGUAUUUUGUAUGUGCAUGAAGUGGCCUAAUUAUAUCAUGAAGUACAGUACAAUAUUUGGGUGAUAUAAUCUGUAUGGCUUCCUGUUAUUUAUUUCGGAGUAUGUGGAGCAGUAUUUAUUUUCACUGAUCACCCAGUGGAUAUAUGAUCUCCCAUCAAUUUCUAGCGUGGAUCGCACAUUUCUGAGGGCAGAAUUUCGUAAACAAACGACGGGAGGAUUAUAAUCUGUAGCCGUUCACUGAGAGGUAACAUGAGUUAGUGGACAAGGAACUAGAGGGCUCGUCUACACUAGACUUGCUAUCGCUGUGCCGCUGUGGUGCUGCUAGUGCAGAUGCCCUAUGCUGACUGAAGAGAGCUCUCCCAUUGGCCUA